AUGGUAAAAAAAAAAAAGACAAAUUAUAUCCUCCAAAGCAAAGUCCGACCCUACCAGCCAACCUCGUCGUCGAAACCCAAAUUCCCAAAUAAGCGCAAAACCAAAGAGAAUCGCGACGCUGAUUCUCCCUCGUCACAGCAAAACGUGGCCGCCAAGACGGCCGCACAGCGCCUCGCUCGCGUUAUGGCAUCUCAGAACGCCAUCGCCGAUGAUGGCGAAGACGAUCUCGAUUUCCACCACAUUAAUCUCGUUAAUUGCUCUCUUGACAUUAACAUCGGGCUCUAUAUCAAAUCUGUGGGGAAGUGGUCAAAGGAGAUCACCUUUCCCACUACACAAAAAGAGCGACGUGUUAGGAUAUGA